UGAUGGGAUGAAGAGAAGGAAGCGGGUUACUAAGAGAGCCCGCAUUGAGUCUCCUCGGGCUAUGGAGUCCGAAGCCCCAAGCCAUCCUCCGGUCAUUAACCUGGAUUCCCCCAGGGAACCCGAGGUGGCCGGGCCUAUCCCGGAAGUGGUAGCGGAGACCGGGGUUGUAGAGGCUCGGGAUGCCGAAACUACGGAGGCUUCUCACACUCAGACAGUAUUCUCCAGUUCGGGGAGCCAAGAGGGGGUUGGUAGCGUGCUGACUCCGAGCUGUGCUCUCCGCAAGUGCAAGAAGGCCGUCUAUCCCGGGGAGUUCACGGAAUGGUCUGAACUUCCUUUGGGCCACAUUGGCGCACGCGCUGCGUCUCAUGCUAUGGUGGUAAACUCCUCCAUCCACACCCUGACCAUUCAAUCGGAGAGGAACCUGAAGCGGGCACAGGCUACCAAAGAAGCUUUGGGGUCAGCUCGGGAGCGGAUCCAGCGUCUUGAGAGCGACACUUCGGCUCAGAAGAGCGAGUUGGAGAGACUCCGGAGAGAAUGGCGCCUUGAGGCUCGUUAUGAAGCACCUCGCGACCUCAAAAGGGGUCUUGGAGCAUGAGGUGGAAUACCUCAAGGCCGAUAUCAAGGAGAAGUCCGAGAUCUUCUUCUAGGCUCUCGAGGACACCAAAGUGAAGGCCGUCGACGAGUACAUUGCGUUGGAGCGUUUCGACGAUCUAAUGGUGGGCUCGUACCGGAGAGGUUUUAAGCUGAGCCGAUGGAUGAUAAG